AUGGUUGCCGAGACCAAGCUCUACGAUGCCUUGAGCGUCAAGCCCGAUGCCACACAAGAUGAGAUUAAGAAAGCCUACCGAAAGGCAGCAUUGAAGCACCACCCAGACAAGAACAAAGACAACCCUCAAGCUGCUGAGAAAUUCAAAGAUGUAUCGCAAGCCUACGAGGUCCUAUCCGAUCCCGAAAAGCGCAAAGUCUACGACCAGUUCGGCCUCGAAUACCUGAUGCGCGGCGGUCCCGCCCCGCCCCCGCCAGGAGGAGGCGGAGGCGGCGCAGCUGGCUUUGACGGCGGAAUGCCUGGAGGAUUCAACUUCGGCGGCAUGCCUGGCGGUGGAGGAGCCCGGACGUUCCACUUCGCAACCGGUCCUGGCGGUGGCGGUGGGUUCACUUUCAGCGAUGCCAACGAUACUUUCCGCACCUUUGCCAAGGACGGCGGCGGCAUGGGUGGUAUGGGCGGCAUGGAUGACGAUAUUAUCUCGAUGCUUGCAGGAGGACUGGGCGGUGGUGGUGGUGGCUUCCGUACCAGCCGUCCGGGAUACUCGAAACCGAAACGCGCACCUACACCCGAACCGACUAUCAUCGAGAAAGACCUGCCACUAACUUUGGAGGAAAUCUACAGCGGCACCUCCAAAAAGGUCAAGACGAAGAGCAAGGCUUUUGACAGUAUGGGCAAGCUCACUACGAAGGAGGUGACUUUGGAAGCCAACAUCAAGCCUGGGCUGCGUGCUGGCUCGAAAAUCAAGUACAGAAAUAUUGGGGAUCAGGAAGAAGGCGGACGGCAGGAUGUUCACCUGAUUGUGAAAGAGAUCGAUCAUCCUAGUUUCAAGCGCUCCGGUGACAAUCUUAUUACAACGGUUGAUCUCAGCCUAAAGGAAGCAUUGACAGGCUGGGAGCGCAUAGUUCGCACCAUCGACGGGAAGUCAAUCCGUGUGUCUAAGCCCGGUCCGACCCAGCCCGGCCAUGAAGAGCGCUACCCCGGUCUAGGCAUGGUGAGCUCCAAGAAACCGAGCGACCGCGGCGACCUGGUCAUCCGCGCCAAUGUCAGCUUCCCCACUAGCUUGACUAGCUCCCAAAAAGACAUUCUCCGGGAUGUGCUACCUUAA